AUGGUUAUUUCGGAAGAAUAUGCUGAUUUUAUUUGUGGCUGUGGUGCUGGCUGUUUAGAAACUAUUUUAUUAUAUCCGCAAAGUAAACUCAUUUUUAGGCAGCAACUUCAUGGUGUUUUUGCUAGAGAAGCGAUAAGACAGCUAAGGAACGAAGGGUUUGCAAGAUUAUACAGAGGGUUACUACCACCUCUUAUAAUGAGAGCGACUUCCCGAUCCUUAAUGUUUGGAAUAUUUGGGAAUUUAGAAGGAUAUUUCGAAUGCAAGAAAUACUCGUCGAGGGCUACAUUUACUGCUUGUUAUUCAUCGGCUGCCAUUCUCGCUGGUUCAGCUGAAGCAAUUUUGUGUCCAUUAGAACGUGUGCAAGUACUUUUGCAGUCUGCUCAUUAUCAUGAACGUUUUUAUAAUACGGGUCAUGCAUUAAAAGAAGUUUCUAAGCUAGGUCUUCGUGAACUAUAUAGAGGAUUAUCUGUUGUUUUAAUUAGGAACGGAUUUGGUAAUGCGCUUUUUUUUAAUCUUCGUGAACCGAUAAGAAAUGCUGUUUUAUCGCUUGAUGAAAAAUUUGUCUGCAAACAUGAAAGGAUCCCCAUGUCAUUCAUAAGAUUUUUUGCUGAUUUUGUCUCAGGUGCCGUACUUGGUUCUUCAAUUUCAACCCUUCUUUUUCCGCUCAAUGUGGUGAAGCAGCGAAUGCAAAGUACGCUUAAUACGCCAUUGCUCUCAGCACGUACCAUUUUUAAAAUUGUUUGGAGAGAGCGAAAUGGCUCAAUCAGAGGUCUUUUUCGAGGAGUUCAUUUAAAUUAUACAAGGUCUUUAAUUACAUGGGGCAUCGCUAAUUCAGUUUACGAAUUUUUGCGGCGUUGGUUCUAG